AUGCUCUUGGCCAUCUGGCGAAGCAUGAAUCUGGAGGAGACCGCGGCCCUGGCCAAGUCUGGGCAGCAGCUGGAGUGGCCGGAAGCCUGGAGCCAAUACCUUGGGGACAAAUAUGCCCUGAGCAGAGUCCUGGCACCUGCCCUGGCUGCCUGUGGCUGCAAGCAUGUACCAAUAGUCAGCAGACGUGGUCUGGGGCACGUGGGGGGCACUUUGGGUAAACUAGAGUCUAUUCAUGGAUUCCCUGUCACCCAGAGCCCAGAGCAUAUGCAAGGGCUGCCAGGGCAAGUGGGCCGCUGUAUCGUGGGUCAGAGCAGGAAGCUUGUUCCUGUAGACGGAAACCUGCAUGAAGCAAGAGAUGUGACGGCCACUGUCGACAGCCUGCCACUCAUCACGUGUGACCUGACCCCAGACUCCGGGGUCCACCUCCUGAAGCUGGAGGAUCUCCAUCACCUUAGCCUCCCCCACACAGCCUUCAUCCUCAGUAAGAAAGCAGAGGACAGCCUGUCUGCUCUGAUGGGGAACUGGCGACCAAGGGUGCAUCAGGGGCUGGAGUUUGACUGCACGCGAGACGCGGGGUGGGUCCAUGCCGAACCGUGUCUCCGCAGGUUGGCAUGGGGCAGCCGCUCUGACCGCCAGGAGCAACCCCGCCGUAGGCCACGCUUUGGAGUGGAGGAAGCGCUGCUGUGCUUGGACGGCCUGGGGCCACCGGGCCUGCGGACCCGGUCACCCAUCACCAGGCUCGGCCGACACGCAGCAACGAAGCCCAAGAGGCGCGCAGCCCUGCGGAUGCCGGGGCCGUAA